GAGCUCACGUAGCAAGGGCUGCAGUCGCCUCCUCCCCAGCGCUGCUGUCGCGGCCUAGAGGUUAUAAAAGGGCUAACUGGCUCCCUCUGCUGCCCAGUCGUGCCGCCAAGCGGGCUGAGGGAAGGGAGUAGGUAGCCAGCUCGUGUGCAGGCGACAGGGGACUGAAGAUCGCGCCGCCCCCCGGUCCCGCUUCGCAGGUGUGUGAACCUGUAAACUUAAGUCUUCCAAGAUGAUCGGGUAUAUUUUAAUUGUAGUGAUUCUACUUCCCCAGUCUUUGGCCCAUCCAGGCUUUUUUACUUCAAUUGGUCAGAUGACUGAUUUGAUCCAUACUGAGAAAGAUCUGGUGACUUCCCUGAAAGACUAUAUUAAGGCAGAAGAGGAUAAAUUAGAACAAAUAAAAAAAUGGGCAGAGAAGUUAGAUCGGCUAACCAGCACAGCGACAAAAGAUCCAGAAGGAUUUGUUGGGCACCCUGUAAAUGCAUUCAAGUUAAUGAAACGUUUGAAUACUGAGUGGAGUGAGUUAGAGAAUCUGGUCCUUAAGGAUAUGUCAGAUGGCUUUAUCUCUAACCUAACUAUUCAGAGACAGUACUUUCCUAACGAUGAAGAUCAGGUUGGGGCAGCCAAAGCUCUGUUGCGUCUCCAGGACACCUACAAUUUGGAUACAGAUACUAUCUCAAAGGGUAAUCUUCCAGGAGUAAAACACAAAUCUUUUCUAACAGUUGAGGAUUGUUUUGAGUUGGGCAAAGUGGCCUAUACAGAGGCAGAUUAUUACCAUACAGAACUGUGGAUGGAACAAGCACUAAGGCAGCUGGAUGAAGGCGAAGUUUCUGCCAUUGAUAAAGUCUCUGUUCUGGAUUAUUUGAGCUAUGCAGUGUACCAGCAGGGAGACCUGGAUAAGGCCCUUUUGCUCACAAAGAAGCUUCUUGAACUAGAUCCUGAACAUCAGAGAGCUAAUGGUAACUUAAAAUAUUUUGAGUAUAUAAUGGCCAAAGAAAAAGAUGACAAUAAGUCUGCUUCAGAUGACCAAUCUGAUCAGAAAACCACACCAAAGAAAAAAGGGGUUGCUGUGGAUUACCUGCCAGAGAGACAGAAGUACGAAAUGCUGUGCCGUGGGGAGGGUAUCAAAAUGACUCCUCGAAGACAGAAAAAACUCUUUUGCCGCUACCAUGAUGGAAAUCGGAAUCCUAAAUUUAUUCUGGCUCCAGCCAAACAAGAGGAUGAGUGGGACAAGCCUCGUAUUAUUCGCUUCCAUGAUAUUAUUUCUGAUGCAGAAAUUGAAAUUGUCAAAGAUCUAGCAAAACCAAGGCUGAGGCGAGCCACCAUUUCAAACCCAAUAACAGGAGACUUGGAGACGGUACAUUACAGAAUUAGCAAAAGUGCCUGGCUCUCUGGCUAUGAAAACCCUGUGGUGUCUCGAAUUAAUAUGAGAAUACAAGAUCUAACAGGAUUAGAUGUUUCCACAGCAGAAGAAUUACAGGUAGCAAAUUAUGGAGUUGGAGGACAGUAUGAACCCCAUUUUGAUUUUGCACGGAAAGAUGAGCCAGAUGCUUUCAAAGAGCUGGGGACAGGAAAUAGAAUUGCUACAUGGCUGUUUUAUAUGAGUGAUGUGUCAGCAGGAGGAGCCACUGUUUUUCCUGAAGUAGGAGCUAGUGUUUGGCCCAAAAAGGGAACUGCUGUUUUCUGGUAUAAUCUAUUUGCCAGUGGAGAAGGAGAUUAUAGUACACGGCAUGCAGCCUGUCCAGUGCUAGUAGGAAACAAAUGGGUAUCCAAUAAAUGGCUCCAUGAACGUGGACAAGAAUUUCGAAGACCUUGCACCUUGUCAGAAUUGGAAUGACGAAUAGGCUUCCCUUCCUCUCCUGUUGUACUCUAAUGUGUCUGAUACACAUAUUUCCCAGUCUUAACUUUCAAGAGUUUACAAUUGACUAACACUCCGUGAUUGAUUCAGUCAUGAACCUCAUCCAGUGUUUCAUCUGUGGACAGUCACUAACUUUGUGGGUUUUUUUUCUUUAAAAAGUGACAUAAAUCAUCAUAUUGUACAUAUAAAACCUUAAAGUUCAGUUGGUAUCACAGAGGACAAAGCAAGGCAGAGUUAAAAAUGAAGAAUGUUUGCAUUUAUGUUAUAUUUUAAAGAACUUUUUGGUUGGAUAAGAAAUACAAUUUCAGCAUCUGCUUAUACUGUCUGUGUAAGUGUUAUGUUUACCUAGUCUCACUCCUUGUUUUCUGGAUGUGCCUGAAGACUAGGAAUAAACUGGGCCUCUAAUCUGGUUUCCAUAUGAUGUUUGCCCCUCCAUAAGCUAUUCUAAGUUGAUUUUUUUCUUCCAAAGUCCUUUUUAAAGAAGUAUAAAGUAUUUUACCAACCGCCUUCUCUCAUAGCUCCUCUGUGGUGAACUAAAUCUGUUUGAGUUAAAAUACUUUGAUUAAAACAAUUUUUGUAACAUAAAGUCCUGCAUAACCACACUGGGCUUUCUAACUAAAAUGAUCAUCACUUAGUCUUUCUCCUUGUUCUUGAGUGACUGAUGAUUUUGUCCAUAAAAUUUGCUGUUUUUCCUAGUGCUAAUACCUUGCCUCUUAUUCCUGCUACAGCGGGGUGGUGAUAUUAGCAUUCUGAUGAAAUAAAUAUCGUGCCUUACGAGACUGGAAAUUUUAAAAUGUAGAAGUCCUUUCAAUGAUGAGGGAAAUGAUAAAAAAAAAAGGAAAUUUUUUCCUAAAAAGCCAAAAUGUUUGUUUUUUCAAUUCUGAAAUAUGUUGUGACAACAAUGACCUAUUUAUGAUCUUAAAUCUUUUUAAAAAAUG